GUCGGUGAUCAAGCAGCUGGCGACCUGGGCGAUGCGCAGCCUCACCUCACCGAGCCCGCGGUGCAGAAUCGCAGACCCAUCGUGAACAGCCUGCGCGAGGACUACAUGUGGGCCGAACACAACCUGAGUGCGAUCCAGGACAAUCUACACGAGUCGACUGACAAGCAGGUUCAUUGGGCGCCCCCAAGCGGCCCCGUCCUAGGGCCGAGUGGGUUGUCAGCAGCAGAACUCUACAAGCGCGCCAUCGAGGGCGAGACCAUGUCGUUCGCCUACGCAGGGAUAGACGCGCCAGGCUGCAGUGUGAUCAUGUCGGUUGAGGCCGCGAAUGUUCGCCUUGAUGGGAUCGGUACAUGUCGCAAGCCCGCUUGCUGCUGGGCCAUCGAGAAUGAUAAGGAGUGCCAGCGGGAGUUGAAGUUGCAUCCGUCUAACAUCAUGGAGUUGCGCGGCGACUUGGACGACUUCUGGACCGAUGAGAUCCGACGCGAGCUGACGAAUAUGAAGGCGGCGGGGGAGGACAUCAGCCUAUGCGAUUUGGUCCCGCUCGUCCAGAGUGGGGUGGCAGUGAACAUCAAGCAGCAGGACCUGCGCGGCGGCGACACGAGGAGGCCGGUUACUACAGACGUUCACGUCGCUGGGAUCUCGCGCCGCCCUUUCGCCGCCAUCGGUGCGCAUGCUGGCGAAACUUCUAAGGGGAUGACUGCGAUGGCCGCCUGGGCUGCAGUCAUCUGGAUUCUCAACAUCAAGGUCCUGAUCGUUGAGCAGUCGGACUUGUUCGAUGGGGCCAUCCUGCAGAAACUGUUCGGAAGCAAAUACAUCUGGCAAUCGAUGAUCCUCGAUGGGCCGGACUUUGGGCAUCCUGUGCGGAGGAAAGGAUUUUACGGAAUUGGACAUCGCAGAGAGAAGGUUGGACCAGCUAUUGCUUCUAUGGCCAACGUCAUGCCAGUGUUCUACCGCGAGCUCGGCAAAAGCUUCACCUUCCAUGACUUCACGAUUGUCCCGGCGGGCUCGGACGAGGCAAGGUCAGAGCUGGACUGGGCUCGCAAUCGCAAGAAGAGUUUGGCCUACGCACGCCCCAUCCAGCAGCUCCUUGCGCAGCCCCAUCCAUUCGAGGAGACGCUGACGGAUGCCGAGAAGAAGAUCUUGAAUGACUACGAGCAGGCGUAUCCUCCCAACAUGGUCUGCAGCCUAAAUCAGAGGCCAGAACACAAUCGCGGGAUGCAGAGCAAUGGGCAAGUGAUGUACACGAUCACCCGUAACCCCUCGAUCGAUUUCAACACCUCGAGAAAGUGUCGCCGCUGGCUCUUCCCAACCGAGCUGAUGAUCGCGCAGGGCCUGCCUGUCCUGUCGUGGAUGACAAGCCCUAGUGGGUCUGCAAACAGGAUUGCGACCUCCUACUCCGCGGGGGCCCUGAUGACCCGCAACCGCCAGAGCGUCAAGCAUCAGAUUGGGGACACCAUGCAGGUGAUGGUCAUCGGCAGCGCCAUUACGUACGCCUUCCUCUUCACCGACUGGGAGACGCCCACCUUGACUCUCUGA